CUUGCUCGUCGUGAUGGAGUCAAGAGAAUCUUUGGUCUGAUCUACGAAGAGACCCGUGGUGUCCUCAAGGUUUUCCUUGAGAAUGGCAUCCGUGAUGCUGUCACCUACACCGAGCACGCCAAGAGAAAGACAGUCACAGCAAUGGAUGUCGUCUACGCUUUGAAACGCCAAGGACGUACCCUAAAGAUGCCUCCCAAACCAGCCGUAGUAGAAAAGAAAGGCGAGAAGAGAGCAGGCAAAAAGGCUGCGAUUGGUGACAAGAAGAAGAGAAAGUCCAAGAGAAAGGAGUCCUAUGCCAUCUACAUCUACAAAGUCAUGAAGCAGGUCCAUCCUGACACUGGUAUUUCCAGUAAGGCCAUGAGCAUCAUGAACUCCUUUGUCAAUGAUGUCUUCGAGCGCAUCGCUGGUGAAGCUUCCCGACUUGCUCACUACAACAAGAAAUCCACCAUCACUUCUCGAGAAAUCCGGACGGCUAUUCGUCUUCUUCUGCCUGGUGAACUGGCCAAGCACGCAGUCAGUGAAGACACCAAGGCUGUCACCAAGGCUGUUUUGAACUGUUUGCUACACAAAAACAACAAAAACAACGGUUCUUUUAAGAGCCAUCCAAAUGAAUCAAAAGUCAUGACUACUAUGCUGAAACUGUUUAAUCCCUAG